AUGGGUGGCGACCAAAGUCCUUUUGACGUCAACGAUACGCUCGACUGCACAUCAGAAGCGACAAGGUCAAGGCCCGAUCCCUGGGCCGACUACCGGGUCAUCAAGGCCAACGAGAUCGCCCUCAACUUGGUCAGCCAGGGCAUGUCCAAGACCAUGGACCAAGCGGGCUACUCUCUGACACUUCUCAAGUCCCUGUACGCACUCCACGAGUACUCUCACGCCGCUCGAGAACAGCAUCGGCGACCUCCUGUCGCGCGCCACGUUCUCCUUCCGCGCGCCAACACGUCACAACUCCCAGAGAGCAAGAACUCGCUGUACCCUGGGGCCGGCUGGGCAAUCCCAAUACGCCAGCAACGGACUGUCAACACAGACCAUCAAAUGUGGUGGUGUUGCGUGAGUCCUGGGGUACUGUGCGCCAACGUCACGAGCAGCCCACCGGCCGAAGGUACCGCCCCACAAGAACCGGAUAGGAAUGGCCAACUAGACGACCCCUGUAGAUAG